UUAUUUUAUUUCACUAGUUCAACCAGUGUUAAACUUAGAUUCGCAGCAGCACGUCAGAACUUUGAUGCCAUUGGAACAAAGGCAAACACUAAAGCUAUUUUUGGCCCAUUUACUUGUUGAAAGAAGUAGCUGAUCUUUCAGACCCACAGCAUUUGGAGAUCAUGGGUCUGCAUCGACAGUUUAGGGUAUUUACAGUGGUGGUCACAAUCAUUCUCUUCGCCUCACAAUCGACUGAGACGGCUGCAGCGAAGUUGAAAGCAGGGAAGGAAAAAAUAAGCAAUCUGCAGUUCUAUUUCCAUGACAAAGUUUCGGGACAGAACGUGACGGCCGUGGAGGUAGCGCACGCUCCAUCGACCAAAUCUUCGCCCACUUUAUUCGGAACGGUAGUGGUGAUUGACGACCCGUUGACGGAGGGCCCUGAGCCCACCUCCAAAUUGUUGGGCAGAGCUCAGGGUCUGUACGCUCUGGCCAGUCAAGAAGAACUUCAACUGCUAAUGGCGGUCACUUACGUUUUUCAGAGUGGGGAGUUUAACGGCAGCACACUGGCCGUGGUGGGUCACAACGCUGUGUUUAAUGAGGUUAGGGAGAUGCCAAUUGUGGGAGGAAGCGGGAAAUUCAGGAUGGCUCGAGGAUACGCCCUCGCACACACACACUCCUUCGACAUCAAGGCUAAGAAUGCAAUCGUCCAUUAUAAUGUCACUGUUCUUCAUUAUUAGUAUUGUAUAUCCUGAUCCUGAUUGAUGCUCGGUUCUCUGUUGAGGAGCAUGAAUAAAGUAAGUAUCAGGAAAUUUUCGAGUUAAGCUUCGUUUUAGAUGAUGAUAAUGGAUGCCUUUUGUCUCUUGCAUUUGCUCUUGAAAGGAAAUAGCAAGCUUGAUUGCAGGGGUUGUGUGGCCCAUAAUGCAGAUCUUCUCACAUCCACAUAAAAUUAGUACUGUAGGCGGUACAAUGUUUUUGGUCGGCAAGAAAAAUACAUGUUUAGUAAAAGGGUAAGAGGGUAAAAUAUAAUGAAUGGGUUAGAAUAUGUAAAGUUUUAUUAGUAGAUUUUGUAAGAGUUAAAAAGUGAAUGUGGUAGGGGAGAGGAUCUAGUAGUUGAUCAUCUUGAUUUCAUGUUUUUUCAAUUUAUCGAUUUUGUGGAGCAGCUUAAUUGGCAUGUCCCUUGUGUAUAAUUAAGGUUAAAGAUCCACAUCAUCAAAUACAAUGCUACAUCAACAUGUUUUCUAUUUGUUGAGGUGUCCAAAA